AUGGAAACCAAAUAAUACCUCACCAUUUAUGCAAAGCUUUGGUGUUUCACCCUUCGAUCGGGGUCUUGUUUGUGUGCUUGCGGCGCUGCUAAUGUCACGUCCACCGUCUCCUUCCUCCUCCACCCUCGACGAUGACACCGCCAAUCCACCAGUGCCGGCGACGCCACUAGCCACCCUGACGCCGCCAUGGCAGACCGCCUCGGACAUUGUGGCGUGGCGCAGGACACCCUGGUUCGGAUCGAAGGUCGUCGAGAUCGACGGGUACUUUGGGCGCGCCAAGUGUGUCGGCACUGGCGGACACAUGACCUCCGACGCGUUCGGCGCCGGGGUCUAUGACUGGUGCGUGAAGAUCUACCCCGACGGCAAGAGUUCGUCCGACGCCGGCUGGGUCUCCGUCUACCUGCAGAUCCAGGCUAGCCGCGCCAACGACGACGGCUUGACUGCCAUGGCGCGGUUCAGCAUCUCCUUACUCGGCCAGGACAGACAAGAGGUGCCGUCGUACAGCAGACAGUGGAGGCGGAACAAGAUCGUCCCCUUCGCUCCCGAGGAAGAACGUGGAUAUCGCCGGUUCAUCGAGGUUGACGCCUUGGAGGCCUACGUGGGAGAUGACGAUUGUUUCAGAGUCAGCUGCGAAGUCGCCGUCUAUGACAUGUGCUCCGAACCCGCCGUUACCCCGCGGCCCGUCGUUGUCCCGCCGUCCGACCUGCAUCGGCAGCUCCUUGCCCUCCUGAGGAGCGAACGGGGAGGGGACGUGACGUUCUCGGUCGGCGGUGAGCUGUUCCCGGCGCACAAGUACAUGGUCACCGCUCGGUCCCCGGUAUUCAUGGCAGAGCUCUUUGGCCCGAUGAUGCAGCCGGAGAACAGUCGUGUAGUACGGGUCGAUGACAUGGAGCCAAGAGUCUUCGAGGCUAUGCUCGACUUCAUCUACACGGACUCACUGCCCGAGAUUGACGCCGGCGAGACGGUGGAGAUGGCCCAGCACCUCCUCGUGGCGGCCGACAGGUAUGAUCUCCAGAGGCUGAAGUUGAUCUGCGAGGACAUGUUGUGUGACAACAUUGACACGAGCACGGCGGCGACCACUCUGACUCUGGCCGAGCAGCAUGGUUGCCGUGGGCUCAAGGAAGCGUGCAUGUACCACCUCGCGUCGCCGGGCAACCUAGAGGCCGUCAUGGCGAGCGACGGCUUUACACACCUGACGAAGAGCUGCCCCGCCCUCCACAGGGCCAUCGUAGACCAGGCCGCGGCCGUGUCCGGGUCACACAUUGUCAAGAUAGUCGGCUACUCCCAUACCAAAACGCUCGGCUACGGCAAUUGCCUCACGUCCAAGGUGUUCGUCAUCGGAGGCCGUCGCUGGUGCAUGGAGUACUACCCCGACGGCCAUAGCCCAGAAAACACCGAUUGGAUAUCCGUCCUUAUCGGGCUUGAUCGCUCCGACCCCAUUUGGGGCACCACCGCCAAAGCACGGUACGAGAUCAGUUUGCUUGCCCUUGACGGGAGCCCGGUGGCGUCGUGUAGAAUCGCUAGCAAAGGACGAUGCAAGUUCACCGGCAGAGGGAAGCGGGGCGGUGAACUCGUGGAGAGGAAGGUCCUGGAGGAAUCGGGCUACCUGAAUGACGAUGCUUUUAGUAUCAGGUGUGAUAUCACCAUGGCAAAGUAAUGCGUGGUAGGCUGAGAGAAAUGGGGCAAGUUAUCAUACCCCAAAUAAAGUGGGGCAAAAGAUUCAACAAUCCCCCGGUAGGCUGAAUAAGAGGAGCUGAGCAAAUGACAUUGCCAUUCCGAGCACCUGAUCUGUUUCUUGAGCAAAUGCUAUCGCCAGUAACAGUAACAACGGACAAUACACUGUAGAAUGUCAUUUCUCUACACAUACUAUGUGAACAUGUCUCUUGUGUUGGUGAGGUAAAGGGAGCG